GUGGGUCUCCGUCAGUUGGUUUUGUGUUGCGUGAUGUCUACAAUGAAUUGGAAAAAAACAAAAAGAAAAGUUUUGAUGGUUGUGAUGCAAACACUUUGAUUAAUAUCUUUAGGAACAGACAAACAAAUGAAGAAGACUUUUUUUUCUCUUUUGAAGUUGAUGUUGAUGGUUCCUUAAUUAGCUUCUUUUGGAGAGACAAGCAAAUGAAAGAGGACUAUUUAGCUUUUGGAGAGUUGGUUGUUCAUGACACUACAUAUCGUACAAAUAAGUACAAUAUGAUUUGUGGUCCAUUUGUAGGUAUUAACAAUCAUACGCAUACCUGUAUGUUCGGUUGUGGUUUUCUUUUGAAUGAACGCAUUGAAUCCUUUGAAUGGCUCUUUACCACAUUUUUGACUUCAAUGGAUUCAGUUCAUCCAAAAACCGUUAUGACAGAUCAGUCUGCAUCCAUGGCUUCAGCUAUAUCUAAGAUCUUUCCUAGUUCAAAAUACCGUCUUUGUAUAUGGCACAUCAUUGAAAACUCUAAAAAGCAUAUACGAGACUUGAGGAAUGAUGAAGGCUUUUUGGACUUAUUUGAUCGUGUUUUGAAACUUUGUCACACAGUUUCUGAGUUUGACUUUUAUUGGAACAGAAUGGUGACUACUUUCAAUUGUUCUGAAAAUCCAUGGUUGAAGAAACUAUAUGGACUUAGGGAGAAGUGGUGUCCAGCAUUUUCAAAAGAGUACUUUUCUGCUGGCAUCUUAUCCUCACAAAGAAGCGAGUCAACAAAUCAUUCUUUGUCUAGAAAG